UGUUCGCAGGUCGUUCGUGUCGCACAGUUCGUACAUGUUAAUAGUUAUCAUAAUCGAACACCUCUCUUAACGUAACAGCAGUUAUAAUGGCGUCCUCAACAGCUAAACACAAAGUUCCCAAGGUGGCGAAGGUCAAGAACCGUAUGCCAGCAGAGGUUCAGAUCACAGCAGAGCAGAUUUUACGAGAGGCCAAGGAGAGGGAACUAGAACUGGUCCCUCCGCCCCCAAAGCAAAAGAUCACUGACCCAGAGGAACUGCAAGAGUACCGACUGAGGAAGAGGAAAGAGUUUGAGGACAACAUCCGCAAGAAUCGCUCCAGCAUCACCAACUGGAUCAAGUAUGCAGGCUGGGAGGAAAGUCAGCAAGAGAUUGACAGGGCACGGUCAGUGUAUGAGAGAGCAUUGGACGUUGACCACAGAAACAUAACGCUGUGGCUCAAGUAUGCUGAAAUGGAAAUGAAGCACAAGCAGAUCAACCACGCCCGCAACAUCUGGGACCGGGCGGUCACCAUCCUGCCCCGGGCCAAGCAGUUCUGGUAUAAGUACACCUACAUGGAGGAGAUGCUAGGCAACGUGGCUGGUGCCCGGCAAGUCUUUGAGCGCUGGAUGCAGUGGGAACCCGAAGAGCAGGCGUGGCUGUCUUACAUCAAAAUGGAGCUGAGGUACAAGGAAGUAGAAAGGGCCCGCAACAUCUACGAGAGAUUUGUCAUCUGUCAUCCUGAGAUUAAGAACUGGACCCGCUAUGCCAGCUUUGAGGAACACAACAACUAUGUCUCCAGCGCUCGCAAGGUGUACGAGCGAGCGGUGGAGUUCUUUGGAGAGGAGCACAUGGAGGAGAAGCUCUACGUGGCAUUCGCAAAAUUUGAGGAAAGACAGAAAGAGCAUGAGAGGGCCAGGGUUAUCUACAAGUAUGCUUUGGACAAGAUUCCCAAACAGCAUGCCGAGGAGCUCUUCAAAUCCUACACUAUUCACGAGAAGAAGUAUGGAGAUAGGGCUGGCAUUGAAGACGUUAUUGUCAGCAAGAGACGCUUUCAGUAUGAAGAGGAGGUCAAGGCGAACCCCAGCAACUACGAUGCCUGGUUUGACUACUUGCGGCUGCUGGAGACAGACGGAAACGAGGACACGGUGCGGGAGAUCUAUGAAAGGGCCAUUGCCAACGUUCCCCCUGCCCAGGAGAAGCGUCUGUGGAGGCGUUAUGUCUAUCUGUGGAUCAACUAUGCCCUGUAUGAGGAACUGAACAUGAGGGAUAUGGAGAGGACCAGGCAGGUGUACAAGGCGUGCCUGGACAUGAUGCCCCACAAGAAGUUCACAUUUGCCAAGGUUUGGUUGAUGUUUGCCCACUUUGAGAUCCGACAGAAGAACCUCAGCCUGGCAAGGAAGAUCUUGGGUACAGCUAUCGGCAAGUGUCCCAAGGACAAGCUGUUUAAGGGCUACAUUGAGCUUGAGCUGCAGCUGAGGGAGUUUGAUCGCUGUCGCAUCCUGUACCAGAAAUUCCUGGAGUUCAACCCCGAAAACUGUACCACCUGGAUGAAGUUCUCGGAACUGGAGAGUAUUCUGGGUGAUAUCGAUAGGGCGAGGGCGAUUUUCGACUUGGCCAUUAACCAACCCAAGCUGGACAUGCCAGAGGUGCUGUGGAAGGCCUACAUUGACUUUGAAAUUGAACAGGAAGAGUACGAAAGGACAAGGGCACUCUACAGGUGUCUCCUACAGAGGACGCAGCAUGUCAAGGUGUGGAUCAGCUUUGCCAAGUUUGAGCUGUCCGUGGGUGCCGAGGGGUGUGUGGAGCGAGCCAGACGCAUCUACAGGGAUGCCAGCAAGGCACUCAGAGACUCCGAGGAAAAGGAGGAACGCUUGAUGUUGCUUGAGUCCUGGAAGGACUUUGAGGGUGAAUGUGGAGACGAGGAGAGCCAGGCAGUGGUCAGGAAACAGAUGCCCAACAAGGUCAAGAGGAGACGCAAGAUUCAGACAGACGACGGGUCGGAUGCAGGAUGGGAGGAAUACUAUGACUACAUCUUCCCCGACGACGAAUCCAACCUGCCCAACCUCAAGCUGCUUGCCAUGGCCAAGCAGUGGAAGCUCAAGCAGAAGGAACCCAAUGAUGACAAGGCCCAUGACGAGGAGGAAGGUCCGGGAGCCCAGGAGGAGAACACCGCUGAUGCGCAGAGGGAGGCAGAGCAGUAUAACGACGAGGACUAUGAUGACAGUGACGACAGUAGCAGUAGUAGCAGUAGUGACGAAGAGGAGAGUAAGACUAGGACAUCCCAGAGUAAAGGCGCAGGAUCCAAAAAGAAGUCGUCUUCCACCAGUGACUCAUCAGACUCUGACGGAUAGUCAUAAUAGCUAAUUUUUCCAAAACGGUUUCCUUUUGCAUUGGAAUUCCUUUUAGGAUGUCAAGGAAAACGGAGAUUACAUCCUUCAGGAUUUUAUUUGAGACAGCCUUCAGGCGGUAUUCACAAAAUUUGUCAUGAAAAAAAGGUUAACCCCCAACAUCAGCAGGUCUGAUAUGAAAUUCGGACGAACAUGACAGUUUUUGCUCUGCACUUGCUUAUGCCUGCGUACACUUAGUACUGCAAAAAUGCUUAUGCAGGAUAUUGGUCAUGAAUAACACCAGUGCAAAAGCAGGUCAAGUAAAAUGGUCAAUCGAAGCUCUGGUUCCGUGGUGAGUAAAGUCGCAGGUUCAUUAAUGCCAUACAUAUCUGAGACUUUCAUUUGAAUGGCUUUGCAAUCUAAUUCAGAUUUAUGGCAAUUGUACAAUCUGUGCAAGAUUUAAACAGUGCUCUGAGACAAUUAAAGAACAGAACAUAUUUUUUCGGCCAUGCCAUUAAAAGCCUCAUUUAAGUGCUAGCUCUGUUCUGUAAAUAUUGACACCUGGACAUCGUGGUACACCAAGGAACCCUGGGACCUAAACUGUAUAAUUUUCUUUCCAGUGUGAUCAGAUCUCCACAACACAAUGCAACACAAGUACCAUCAACGGUGCCCAGUCCUGUAAACAGUGUUCCUGUGAUGGUUAUACAUUUGGUUCAUUACUUGAACCCUUCUUCCAAUCAAAAUGGAAUGAAAAAGAUGGGACUUCCAUUUCUGACUGUAAGCAGAGAUUUAUAUCUUUUAAAACAUGUGACACACCCUUUGGUUUGUCUAUUUUAUCCACUUAAAUGCCCCACAUUAGAUUAGACCAAAGUGCAAGUAAUCAAGGUGAUACACAAAAUGGAGCCAAAAAGUGCAACUGAAACAACAUUUAUUUGUUUAACUCAUUACAAGACAUCAAAACCACCUAAAAAGGAAACCAGUUGAGUCUAACAAGACACUUUAAUUGCCUUGUGUUGGAACUGUUAGAGAUUUAAGCUACGAACUACAUUAUAUUAAGUAUUUGUAAUAUUUGUAAUAAUAUGUAAAUAUCUUUUAGCUACCAAGACGGAGUAUACAUGUAUGCCACAAACUGGGGAAUAAUCAAAUUUCCGCAGUGGGCACUGAGUCGUACCAUUACAAGAAUAAAAACAUCAUAAAUACCUUAGACAGUUUUCCUAUUCAACAACGCACAACGUGAACGUACACGUGUAUCAACGUGAUAAUGUCCGCUGCAAUGUUAUAAUUCCCGCUGCAUAAAAACGCUCUGGCACCUGGAUAUACGUAUUGUGUCAGGCAGAAGUCGCCACGCGCGUGCCAAGUCCAUGACUGUAAGGAGAUUCUUCCGGACUACUUGCACGAGGAUUAUUCCAUAAAAUGGCCGAGGGUGUUCGGAAAAUGGAAGUAAAAUUCUUGAACAAAUUUAGACCAUUUAGAAAUUUAUCGUCUAUUGACUUAUUUUGACUCUUUGAUUAAAAUGGUAUUUAUGAAUGGAAAUAAAAAUGUGCUUGGUCAGUCUUGAACACAUGUUUAAGACUGACCAAGUCUUCAUUUCCUUACGAUCGUCCAGGGUAUAAAAGUUGUGUGCAAAACGACCACAAAUUUGGUUCUAAUUUGUUCUUGAUUUACCUUGUUGAAGAAACUAAUUUUACACGUUUACAAGUUCUUCGAGGCCUUAUCUAUCCGUCUGGAGGCUUAGGAAUUUCAAAACGAACCAUGGACUGCAAAAUCGAGGAAAAUAAGUGAAAAACAACGUUACUUUUGUAGACGUAAUUCAUCCGUUCUCGAGUGUAGCUGUAAAGUGCACGCACGUACAUGUACAGUACAGCAAUCCGAGCUGCGUGCACACACUACGCGUGCGCAAUUUCCAGUGAAGGUCCGUUACUCGCCUGCUACACGGAGGUCGUGACCAAAGAUUGUAUAGCGCCGCACAGCGGCGCUAUACAAUCUUUGGUCGUGACUGCUACCCGGCUUUAGCCCGCGUGCCGUCGAGUCGA